AUGUUCUCCCUCCAGCCGCCACCCGAACAGCCCUCGCCACCCUCAUCCACCCCCUCACACUGCAAGAGCUACUCCGACUACCAGUUCCCAACAGUCCACUUCAACGCACCCACGCCGCCCACUGCAGCCGAACGGACCGCAGACUACUUCGCCAAGCCAACCCGCCCGCUCCACCAGAAGGCCCAGUCCGAGUCGCUCAUGCGUCUCCAGCUGCCACACUCCCCCACAGCCUCGCUCGACAACAUCCCCAUGCUGCGCAAGAACUCCUACGCCAACCUGCCCUCGCGCAGCGCACCCUCCACCCCCACCCAGCAGGCCGGCCCCAAGGCCGUCCACUUCGACGCCCACCUCGAGCACGUCCGCCACUUCCUCUCCCAGCAACGGCCCAUCGCCGUCAGCAGGGACGGCUCGCCCAUCGAGACAGAGACCGAGGGCGAGGAGGAGUACCCCUUCCCGCCCAUGGCCACAGUACAGCAGCCGCCGCCAACCAAGCUCGUCAUCGAGCUGCCCAACAUGCCCCUCCAGCCCCGCCUCUCCCCCGCACACAAGCUCUGUCUCUCCACACUCGAACUCGCCCCCGACGCGAAGACCCUCAAGGGCACCGUGCUCGUCGAGAACAUCAGCUUCGAGAAACGCGUCGCCGUCCGGUUCACCUUCGAUGCCUGGCAGACCGUCUCCGAGCUCCAGGACGUGCUCGCCCGGAUCAACGAGCGCCAGAUGGAGGUCGCCGUCCGCUACCGGGCCAACGGCCACGAGUUCUGGGACAACAACGGCGGCGCCAACUACCGCGGCGAGCCGUGCGCAUGGGCCGUCACCCUCCGCGCCGAGCUCGACCGGCUCGUCGGCGACGACCUCGGCAUCCCCCCGCCCGUCGGCCUGCCCCGCAAGAAGCCCCACCACCAGCACGCCGCCUCGUUCUCCGGCGCCUCCCGGCUCGACGCGCUUGUCGCGGGCGCCCAGCUGCGCAACGGUGCCGGCCUCUCCGCGCGCUACGACUUCGGCCUCUCCCUCAAACAGGCCGCCUCCACCGGCGCCCACAAGCCGGCCCGGUUCGUCCCCAUGGUCCCCACCCCGACUCGCACGUCCGUGCCCAGCGAAUGGAUCGGCCUCGCCUCCUCUCCAUCCCCCGCCGCCUUCCUCGACACCCUUGCUAAUCCCUCCCCAGCUGCUAAACGCUGGUCCACCGGCAGACAACCCGAUCCCGCCUUUGCCGCUCUCGCCAGACAGGACACCCGCUGUCCCCGACAGUCCCCGCCCCCGUUCGCGUGCUUCGCAUCCGGCCUCGUCACGCCCCAGUCGCCCUCGCUCACCGACGAGUCCGGAUGA